GUUCAGAACUUGUAGCUGAAGGGUGAGGGUAACUAAGACAUCUUUAAGUCGUGCUCCAGGCCACCAGCAUGACACAGACAUCUCUCUUAGACAUAGGAGCCUGAGUUACCUAGCCUUCUAUGGCUACAGUGCUGUUUGGGACCAAGGGUGGUUGGUGAGGUGGCUCUUUGGAGGCAUCCUUACUGCCUUCACUGGGGCAAUUUUCUUGUGGCUGGAACCAGGGCUUCUAGGGCCCAUUUAUUGUGCUCUGGUACCUCUCGUGUGUGAUGUAAAGGGGCUGGAGUGGGGGUGAGGAUCACCAGAGUCCUUCAUUUGCUUUAAGCAGGUGGUCAUCCCACCUUCCCUCCUCUCCUACAUGGGGUAUGUUGACUCUGUUUACUGUGGGUUUCUUUGCUACUCCUCUCACCCCUCCAUGAGAAGGCAGCACUAUCUUCCUGUCUGCUGUGCUAAUCUAAGGGAUAUGUAUGAAGGACUCUGCUCAUAACCUAUGCUUCAUUAUAUUGUGGGUUUGGGUCACUGUUGAGACUUCUGCUAUUUAUUUUUUUAGCAUUGUGGUUUUCUUUUCUUUCUUUUUAAAACUUGCUUCAAAUUCUGAUUUGAAAUUGAAACUGGGAGGGGAAUUAAGUAAAUGUAUUUCUGCCACUGGGUGGAAAAACCCAUUGCAUGAGCUUGUCCCGAGGACAAAAUGAGGGUGCAGGAAAUUUGAAGCAAACAUUGAUUUGGUGACUCUUGAAAAGCUGUGUUUCAACCUUCCUCUCCCCACCCCCAAUUCACCCCCCAACCCUUAUUUUCACCUUAAAAGACAUUGCAAUAACAGUUGCAUUUAAAUGUGAUGGAUGUUAGCAGAGUUUUCUGUGAUCAGGGCUGCUUGUACGUGGAAAAGCUGCUGAUCAUGCCAUGUAAUGGAUAAACAGGUUUCUAACAUGGUUCUCAGAAAGGAAGAAAAAUAUCCUUUUGUCACCAGUCUGGGAAACCAAGCUACAACUACCUGAUCACUCUCGUUACAGUGUGUAUGGUAACACCCAUUGUUUCAUGUUCUCUGUGUAUAUAAAUCUCCCCACUGUAUUUUCCACUGAAUGCAUCCGAUGAAAUGAGCUGUAGCUCACGAAAACUUAUGCUCAAAUAAAUUUGUUAGUCUCUAAGGUGCCACAAGUCCUCCUUUUCUUUCUGCUAGCUGUGUAACUCAGCUGUGGAGGAGACGGGCCUUGAGAGAUCAGACUGCUGUCCAGUAAUUUCAGCCACAAACUUCAUCUAUCUUUGAAAUUGUUAGAAUGUCCUAAUUAAAAAUAAGAUAAGAUUUAAAAAAAAAAAAUCCACCUUUUUUUUAGUGAGGGGGGCAAAAAUACCCACCAUUUUUAUGUCACACCAACAAUAACAUGAGUGCUCCAUGCUAUUCCAUGACUAGGGCUUCUAGGCCUAGAGAAAUAAUAACGGUAAGAUCUAAAUAGAAGGGACAAUAGAAACAGGAACAUCUGCCUGGCUGAGUCCAGGGUUUGGGCAGAGAAAUUGAUGUAGUUUAGGUCAGAAUGGCUUCAGCUCUGUCCAAAAUAUGGGGAAGGAAGAGUGUGAAUUGAUUUGCUGUCUGACAAAGAAAUACUUCCUGGGGGAGAAAGAAGAGGGACCUGACCUGAGAUAUAGUACUAAUUUUUUUUUUUUUUAACCUGGCUUUAAUAUGAUUUUGCCUCAUCCACACAGCCGGGGCCAACCUAGGUCAGCCUCAACAGAGUUUAACAUGGUGGUGUUGGCGGUGUAGAAGGGCCUAAUGAAACAUCUCUCCCAAUACAUACAGCUGAUUGUAUUUCAGACUAGACUGGACAAAGCCCUGGGGAAUAUGCUGUUAAGGUGCAAUCCUGUGGUGGAUGAAGGAGCUAAGGCUAUGUAGCCUGGAGACUGUUCCUGCUCCCAUUGAAGUCAAUGGCAAAAAUGCCCAGUGCUUCAAUGAGAGCAGAGCAAGGACCUUGAUCAAUUCACUAUCCUGAUGUUCCUUACUAUAACCCCAAACCACUAUAAACAGUGCAACUUAGUCUGGCUUGUUCCUCAGUGCUAGAUGUCUUAUUACUUUGCUUUUAUAUCAAGAGUCUUUGGAAGAAAAAUAGGACAUAUAGUAUUUGCCCAGAACUAGUAGCCUGGUUGAGAGGCAAGCUCAGUAUCGACUUGCCCUUCAAGGCUUUGUGGUUGUAGAUCUUAGAUCUGGCCAGCCCAGCUCUGCUUAUCACCACUGUUGUAUCUGCAUGAUACCGGUGACUUUUAAGGAGAGGAUCUGGGCGUCUCUGGGAUACCCUCUAGAAGAAAGAUGUUUGUUCUUUCCUAUUUAACUCCCAGAUAGACUGAUUUCUACCCAGGCUCUUUCUGCUUGGGGAAGGCAGGUCAGAUGCUAUGUCCCAGAGUGGAUGUCACUGAGGUGUCAUGGUUCACAGUUGUUUUCAUGACUCUCUCUCCCCUCCCUGUGCUCAUGGUGCUGUUUUUCCUCCCUUCGGAAUCCUAUUUAAAAAAAAGUUAGGCAGAAUCUCUGCUGUGUGGGUAAGCAUGAUGGUAUCCGCCCUUUCUUUCCCAAUUCCUGCCCUUCCUAGAGUGAAGAGGUCCGUCGCAUGUGUCAGGCUAGAAGGAUAGAGCAAAGUAAUUAGAGAAAAUGCCUGUUUCAGUGACUACGCUGAUUAGGAAUUGUGGGAAGUGGAGAAGAUGAAAUGCACCUCUUGGGGGAGGAGAGGAUGUCUCCAUAAUCUGAAGGUCACUCAUUGGAACCUCUGCCAAACUAGGAUUUCUGGCACAGCAAUUGCCACCUCAGCACAAAGUUAAUCUUCCCAAGAGUGUGUUUGUUUAAUGUUAUGUACCUAAGGCAGUGAAACAUACCGUGAUCAUUAAAGAAAUUCACAGCCCAACAAGUACCUGUUAGAAUGUAGGGGUGAAAAGUGGGUCUGUUAGCAGAGAGCUCCCCCACUCACCCUUCCUUGUAAGCCCUGGAAAGGAUCCCAGUUUUCCAGAAGAAAGAACAGCUGUGUAUGAGAGUUUCAGGCAGCCCCUGGAAGAGUAAACCCUGAAUGAUAAAGGUUCAGCAGAUGACACCGAGCUGUACCUCUCCUUCUCCCAUCUGUGAGAGUGUCCAUCUGCUGACUCCUGCUGCCAGCAUGUGGCAAAAACCCCUACCUUCCUAAAUUCACUCAUCCUGUCUGCUCACUUUCACAGUGGUGGCUGUGGCUUGAAACCACAUGAAGGGGAAUUUUGUUGAGAUUAAUCCUGGAUUAGCUACAGCAAACUGGCUGCCGAAGCUUUAUCUGUACGUCUACACUGCGAAAAAACCAACAAACCCUCCCCCACCCCCCCACCCCAACAACCCUGCAAUGGAAAGUCUCUGAGCCUGGGUCAACUGAUUCUUGCUUAUGCUCCAGGGUUUAAAAUUAGCCGUGUAGACAUUCCUGGUUUGGGCUGGAGCCCAGACUCUGAGACCCUCCUCCCUUGAGAAGUCUCAGAGCCCAUGCUGCAGCCUGAGCCAGAAUGUCUACACUGCUAUUUUUAGCCCAAUAGUGUGAGACCCACUAACCCGAGUCAGUUGAACCAGUGUCUGAGGCUGGCUACUGUGAGUGGUGGGUUUUUUUUCAGUGGCCAUACCCUGUCAGUGGCAGGUCUACACCCGCUACACAGAGACAUGUGACGUUGUGAUGACAGUAGACAGGUUUUCUUCAUCUCACUGUGCUCUGUGAUGGCUCUGCUGGGGAGAGCUGGGUUCUAGAGAGAACAGGACUUUGCAGUUGUAUUGCAUCUUGUGUCUGUGAAAUGUAAAGCACAUUGCAAGGGGGUCGGGUUCCUAUUUACAGCAGGGGAAACUGCUGUGUAGAGAGGGGAUUGGACCAAGGUCAUGCAUCACGUCAGCUGCAGGACUAGUGAUGCAAUCAUAGAAUCUCAGGGUUGGAAGGGACCUCAGGAGGUCAUCUAGUCCAGAGGUCUCCAAACUUUUUGGCUCGCGCACUCCCAGGGUGAAGACUGGAAGACCAGCCACAGGCGUGCCGCCGACGGAAGAAGACUGCAGGGGAACACUGGCUGUGGACGUGCAGAGCUGCCGCCAAAGAAAAAAAAAAAGGCAGAGUGCCGUCCGGCGGCGCUCCUGCUGCCGCGCACCCCCUAGGAUCAUCUCAUGCACCCCGUGGGGUGUGUGCGCCCCAGUUUGGAAACCACUGAUCUAGUUCAAUCCCCUGCUAAAAGCAGGACCAAUCCCCAAAAUCAUCUAAGCCUAGGUCUCCUGUCAAUCUAGGUCUCCCGUCUCCCAGUCUGCUUUAACCCCAUGACACAUCAUAUCCCAUGAAGCAUGGCAUGACACUGCCUCACAGGCUGCAUUUCUCUGAUGCUGGACUGAUCUGUAUAUAAUCUGCAUGUCUGUUUAGUAGAGGCAGGAUGUCCCAGUCCGUGACGUCUGUGGUGAGGUUCUCCACGUACAACAAUAUCACCCACUCUGCUGCCACUGCCCUGGUUAUGGCCUCAGAUAAUGUGACGGCUCUGCCCCAAACAACAACAUGGGCAAUCAACGACACCAACAUCACUGUGCCACACAAGUGCCUGCUCUUGUUAUAUGAAGACAUUGGGAAGUCCAGAGUCCGCUACUGGGAUCUUAUGCUUCUGGUUCCCAAUGUACUUUUCUUUGUCUUUCUUCUCUGGAAAUUGCCCUCUGCCAGGGCCAAGAUCCAUGCCACCUCCAGCCCCAUCUUUACUGCCUUCUACAUACUAGUGUUCGUGGUGGCUUUAGUUGGGAUUGCUCGUGCUGUUGUCUCCAUGACAGUCAGUGCCUCUGAUGCUGCCACAGUUGCUGAUAAGAUCCUGUGGGAGAUCACGAGAUUCUUCCUCCUGGCCAUUGAGCUGAGUGUGGUGAUUCUAGGCCUUGCCUUCGGUCAUCUUGAGAGCAAGUCCAGUGUCAAGCGUGUACUGGUGAUCACCACAGUGUUGUCCCUGGCUUACUCUGUUACCCAGGGGACACUGGAGAUCCUCUACCCUGAUGCUCACCUCUCAGCGGAAGACUUCAAUAUCUACGGCCAUGGAGGAAGGCACUUCUGGCUUGCCAGCUCUUGUUUCUUCUUUCUGGUCUAUUCCUUGGUGGUGAUUCUUCCAAAAACUCCCCUGAAAGACCGGAUUUCUCUGCCAUCUAGGAAGAGUUUUUAUGUCUAUGCUGGAAUUCUCGCUCUGCUGAAUCUGGUGCAGGGCUUGGGCAGCGCCCUUCUCUGUGUGGAUAUCAUAGAAGGAUUGUGCUGUGUUGAUGUCACCACGUUCCUCUACUUCAGCUUCUUUGCACCUCUCAUUUAUGUGGCAUUCCUGAAAGGCUUCUUUGGGUCUGAGCCGAAGAUCCUUUUCUCCUACAAAUGCCAAGUGGACGAGCCUGAGGAUGUUGAUGUGCACCUCCCCCAUGCCUACGCUGUGGCCAAGAAAGAGGGUGUGGAUUCCAGCUUCUACUCCAGCACCCAGAUCGACACCACAGCCUACCUGGAUGACGUCGCCUCAAUGCCCUACCAUGUGGGCAGUGUCAACAGCAUUGACAGUGACCGCUGGAAAGCCAUCAAUGCCUAAAGCAAUCCAGACCUCCAGCACGAUGCCACCCUCCCUGAUUACACAGCUGCUAGGAUGUGCAUCACAGACUGGUCCUCAGACACUUGGUGUGGCUUUUCCCUCUUCCCCUGGGCUUUUAAAAACCCAUCAUGGAACAAAACAGCUCCAGCCCUCCCAGAAGGACCUUUUGUAUCUUCAUGUGAUAACAGCCGAGACCAGCUUUGUUCAUAAAUAUCUAAAUGCUGAACCUUCCUGAUCCUUGGUGUUCCAGAUGUAGCUGUGACCCAGAAGAUGGGCCUGGCUGGCACCCAUUCCUUUUCAGUGACUGAAAACACUUGUGUAACUGGGAGGGGAGUGGGAUUUUGGGGUGGGCGAGUUGAGAUUGGCUUCUCCAUGGCGCAUAUGUACGAAGCAUUCAGUACAUGGAGCCAAAGGCACUUUCAUGGGCUGUCUCAGCAGGUCCCAUUUCCCAAGUCAUACUGCAUUGUAUUGUAGGAAGAGCGCUGUCUUGAGAGAGGAAGCCUGGGAGAGCAGGGCUAUUCCCCAAUUCCAGCAGAUACUGAUGGAAAUUAUGAACUGUAGUAAAAUGGGAAUUACAAGGAGUGUUUUGGGCAUAUAUGGGAGAAGACUCACUGAUGAGCGAACUGUUAAAUGUGUCCUGUGACCAUUACAGGGGCACUGUCUGGGAUUUGGCAGAUCAGCUAUAUCUUGGGUCAAGGAAAGAGACUUUUAAAGAGCCAGCAUUGCUGUCUGUUGGAGAGACAGUGGCUAUGGAAGGGUCUCUGAAGAUCACACUUAUGCAUAACUGAACUCCUACUGUGAACUUGCGGUGACAAGCGGCUAUGUAUUUUACACUGAAUUAGGGUUGAAUUUUAAGAAUAAAAUUGGCCAAGUGUGAGGUUUUUCAGAUCUGCACUCUGCUUUACAAUCCUGGCUGAAUUCCAGGGCUCAAGGAGGGCUGUAGAGGAGGAAGCUUUUUGGCUCUGAAGAUGAAGGCUCCAGAGGAGUUCAGAUGGUUGAGGCAGAGCAGAAGCCCCAGAUGAGUCCUGGCUGCCAAUGACCAAUAACCGACCAAGAACUCUAGGAAGCCAGCAGAGUGCUAGGAUCAAGGUGACUAGUGUUUUAGGUUGGGUGGUAGAUGGGAUGCAGGCAGACAGGCAAACUGCUACUACUUCCGUGGCAGCUUCCUUCUCCUGACCUGUGGUGCAUUACAGCUUGCAGCCUAGCACAGUCUCACUGGCCUAAACAGAUUUUAUAGCUGGAUGUAUUGAAAUUAUUUCCUUGCACUUAGAACGUGGUUCUUUUAAAGACUAUCCAGGACCUGCCAUUACCCUCCUCACAGUGAAAGAACAACUUGCAUCUCUCCGAUCUGGCAUGGCUUUCCUGGACCUCAUCGUGGUCCAAACACGUGGCUGUUCCACUGAAAGCUGCAGCAGCCAGUCUUGUGGCGCCUUUGUGGUUGGUUUGUAUUCACUGAUGGCAAAUAGGUUUAUGCCUGUAGCACUGCGGGUGUGCGAUUCCAAUGGGGAUCUCUGGGGCGGUGGAGGCUCUGACAUAAGAAAUGGCUGCAUUCCAUUGGAGAUGGCAGGGUGAGGAUAUUUUAAACAUUUGAGGAUUUUUUUGUGUGUCUCUCCUAUGACUGUUGUGCCUGGCAGCCAAAGAAAGUGAAGGAGGCAAAGAUUUUAGGAAAUGGUCAUCCUGUGGUGUGGUGGUGGUUUGAAUUGUGAGUGGGAUGGGGGCAAAGGUAACACAGCCAGCUUCUAGAAGUGCUCAAUGUGGGGUAAGGGAAACACCAGGAGUGAGAACUGGACACUAGUGCAGGUCUUUGAAGUCAUGUAGGCACCUUGUUUCUCUCGUUAACGAGCAGUGCAGCCUCUCUACAGCCAGGACGUUCCGCUGCCUUUGGAUUCUGCCCUGCUGAUCUGCAGACAGUGCUGUGACAUGACGGAAAAGAUGCUUUGGUUUAUUUUUAAAACUUUUAUCUACUUUUUAAAGAAAAACGUUUCUGAUUGCUCCUGCUGAACUGUUCGUGUAGCUCCUUAGAGCCUUUUAAAUCCCCACUGCCUGGAAUGACACAGACAGAAGGAGGCUGAGACUGGUCUUCCUUUUUGUCAAGCUACUUGGCCAGGUCAGCCUUUUCCACACUAGGGACAUGUUGCAGUUUCCUACCAUUGCGGACACCAGUUUAGCUCCAUUGGUGUUAGCAAAGUGGGGAUCCUAGGAGAGGGUGCUUGAAACACUGCAUCUGUGGGUAGGGUUAGACGGCAUGCUCCCUGAAAUCCUAGAAGCACUAGGCCACCAGGGUGGCUGACACCACUGAAGUUGGACCAGCGUAGCAACAGCGGGAGAACUCUUGCAAAAAAUUCCCUAGGGCAGGCAGGGCUUUGCAGACUGGUUCAAGAGUGUUAGUCUUGUUUGUGUAGACCUAUCCCACCCCAAGGAGUAAAUGCUGAGACUCCUCAAGACCCUGAAAAUGAGGACUUUCUUGUUCUCCUGGGUGAUGUGAAGAACAGACUAUGAAUACAACCUAUUAUCUGCUAAAUCAAAUGCCAAAGGAUCAGCUGGGCAGAUGUUCAGUGUGUCCAUAAGUUCCCCUUCUCCAAGAUUCAGUGUUCCCCAAUAUCAUCUCUGAAUGUCCCAUAUUGUCUUCUGCUGACGAGCUUCUGCAUUAGGUCUAGGACUGAUCUUCCAUCUGUUGUCUUUUUAUGUCUGUAACGUCUCUGAGGCCAGCACAAGAUAUGGUCCAUGAGUAGAAGUGUGUGUGUAUGUUUUUUGGGGGGCUGGGGGAGAUUAAAAAUAGAGUAAUGUAUAUUUUUGUUUGUAAAAUAAAUAAAAUGAAGUUUGGUAUAAACAGUAA